AUGAGUGGUGAACAAAGUUUGGGAAGUAAAGCCCCAGAUAAUUUAAGUAAUAAUAGUAAUACUAACAAUUCACAAUCCCAAGAAACAUUACAGCUUCCACAACCUACAAGAAAAAGCUCAGCUGUCUUGCUAACACGAAAACUGAUAGGAAACUUAAAUGCUAAGGUUAAUGUCACUAAUGGUCUAGUAAGUGAUGCAACAACAGCAGUGAAUCUAGAAAAUAUUGGAAAUGCAAAUAUUGUGUCUCCGGUGGACGAGACUGACUCAGAUAACGAUAACCACUUACGCUCAGUUAGACUGAAUAAAUAUUCUCCCAGUGAGCAUAGUUUGUUUCCAUCAGGGUAUAAUACAGAUGAGGAAAACAUCAUCAAUGACAAUGAUGAAGAAGAGUUACAAGAGAUAUUACAUCUGUUAGUUAGACAAGAUGAUGGACUUGCAGGUUCAAGGACUGAUUCAAAGGAUCAUUUGACAUCUAUGGAUCUAAGUACUUUAACUAAUGACAAUUACAAAAUGGAAUCACAAAGUGAGUUCAUUGAAAGGUAUAUUUCGAUUUCAAAAGCUUCUGAUUCAAAUUCAUUUCACAACAAAUUCAAGCAAUUCUUCAUACUAUCUACGGCUGGUAAGCCUAUAUAUUCUAUGAAUGGUUCUGACGAUGUUAUAAUGGGAUAUAUGGGAUUUAUAACUACUAUUGUUUCUACUUUUCAAGAGAAUAUGAAGGAAGAGAUUAAAUCAGUUAACUAUGGUGAUGAUCUAAAACUUGUAAUCAUGAAUAAAGAUCCAUUAAUAUUUGUCGCUAUGACAAAACUAAAACAUGAAACCAUGAUAAAUAAUGCCCGAAAUGAAGAUGAUAGUAUUUUGAUAGGACAACUCAAUACUUUAUACAAUUAUUUAUUAGCAGUUCUUUCAAAGUCUACAAUACUAAAGAAUUUCCAGAAUAGAAUGAACUAUGAUUUAAGAAAGAUUUUGACUCCUUUGGAUUUCCAUAAUCUAGAUUCUUUGUGCAUGAAGUUAACAUACGGAUUUUCAACCUCUGAACUGCCUACACCCUAUAAUAUUCCAGGCCUUGAUUUUUUUUUAAGUCAGUUGCUCGAUUCAUCAUUACAAAGUGCAAAAAUUACCAACACUACUCGAUCUAAGUUGAACUCGAUUUUAUUAUCAUGCAAAAAGUUAAAGAUCAAAGAAAACAAGCCUCAAGUGUCUUCUAGACUUUUUGACAUUACUGACUCUGGAGAUAAGGAAACCUUCUUGGGAGACGACCUAUUAUUUUCAUUGUUGACUACAUCACCUGGAAAAAUUUUGAGUAUGAUGAAGCCAAAAAAUCACACCCUAUCUAAGGAAGAUCUUAAAGUUCUAUUCACAAUGAUAUCUUCAAUUUCUACUAGGUCUGAUGAUUCACAAUCAACAGAAGAUUUAUGGAUUCCACUUUGCAUGCCCGAUUUCAACCCGAAUGGUUUUCUUUAUGUAUUUGUUAAAAAAAUUGAUUUAAGCGGUUAUGUUAUCGUGGAUGGAAAGCAUGUACCACCACAGCCAAUCAUAAUUACACUAAUUAGUGGAAAUAAGAACAGCUUUUUUCAGCAACAAGAAUUAUCCAAGCAUAUUAUUAAUAGUAUUACAAGCAGUGAAAGUUUUCGCAAUGCAUUAAGUUCAGAACUUUUAACAUUUAAUAAUCUAUCUAUAUUAAAUGACAUAAAAGUGCCUUUGAUUAAGCAUUUUAUUUACAGACUGAAAAGAUACAAUCAGUGUUUUAUGAGCGACGCAAGACACUUCAAUAAUGAAAAAGCUUCUACAAGUUUUGUCACAACAUUAGAAUUGGUUUACUUCUAUUCAACUUUACAUAACAAUAAGGCCACUGGCUUUUCAACUGAUCCUGCAACAAAAAAGCAUAAUAAAAAGCUAACCUACUCGAAAUGGAAAAUUUCCGGAAAUACAGUGGUUGGGUUUAUGCUUUCUGAUUCUACGUCCGAAUUCUACUGUUUAUGUAGAGGCGAAAUUGCUUCACAGGAGUUGAUAAAGCAUAGUUUGAAAAUAAUCAAGUGGUGUGAGAAAUAUCACAGAAGAAUAUUUGUUGGAGAUGGAAUUGUAUUUUAA